UUUUAUCGUAUUCGCAUGUCGCGGUGACCAAAUAAGCUCGACCGAUACUGAUGCGUAGAAAAUUCAUCUAAACAUUCGACGACAACAACCACGUGGGUUUUAAACGCAUGCCGUUAUUAUUAGAGAAAAAGUAUCAUAGUGAUCAGCUGCAACAUAGUGAGUUGAAAAUCAGUGGACAAAAAGCAAAAAGUGAGAAUAACCAACAGUUUAUUCUAUCGAGACAUUGAUAGAACACAUCGUUACGUCAGCAAAAAAUGAGAACGUGUUCUCUACUGAAUGUUACUUUGUUCUUCUUCUAUCUACAACAAGGAAAAGCUUGGCAGCAUCAAGCUAAGGAAAGAUCACCAGUUAUAUUGAUUCCCGGAGAUGGUGGGAGUCAGGUUGAAGCAAAACUCAAUAAGUCAAAGGUCAUUCACUAUGCUUGUGAGAAAGUGUCCAAUGAUUAUUUUAAUAUUUGGCUUAACUUGGAACUCCUUGUUCCGUAUGCCAUUGGAUGUUGGAUCGACAAUAUGGUUCUGAAUUAUGACAAUGUCACAAGAAAAUCAUAUAACCAAGAAGGAGUGGAUAUCAGAAUACCUGGAUGGGGAGAUCCCUUUUUUGUCGAAUAUCUUGAUCCAAGUAAAGCUUUCCCAGGAUCAUAUUUCAAGGAUAUCGGAAAUAUGCUAGUUAACAAUUUAGGAUAUGUGAGAAAUGUUUCAAUACGUGGAGCUCCUUAUGAUUUCCGUCGAGGCCCAAAUGAGAAUGAGGAGUUUUUUGUCAAGCUAAAAACUCUAGUAGAGGAAACAUAUAUAAUGAAUAAUAAUCAGCGUGUAACACUAAUUGCCCAUAGUAUGGGUGGACCAAUGAGUCUACUCUUUUUGCAGCGACAAACUCAAAAGUGGAAAAACAAUUAUAUUGAAUCCUUAAUAACCUUAGCAGGAGUGUGGGGGGGAUCUGUUAAGGCCAUCAAAGUAUUUGCGAUUGGUGAUAAUCUUGGAACGCAUUUUCUACGAGAAAGUACAUUGAGAGAAGAACAAAUUACAAAUCCAAGUUUGGGAUGGCUAUUACCUUCAAAGUUGUUUUGGAAAGAUACAGAAGUUUUAGUUGAAACAGCAAGUAAAAAUUACACUCUAGCAGAUCUUCAGCAGUAUCUAAUAGAUAUAAACGUGCCAAAUGGGUGGGAGUUUAGGAAGGAUACAGAGAAAUACCAAAUGAAUUUUGAAGCGCCUGGAGUAACAGUCCAUUGUUUGCAUGGCUCUGCAGUUGGGACGGUAGAAAAGCUGUCUUAUGGCAAGUUGGAAGAUUACCCAAAGCUUGUACUCGGAGAUGGAGAUGGGACGGUAAAUGCUCGGAGUUUAAAAGGUUGUUUGUAUUGGCAGAGUGACCAUCACCCAAAAAUUUAUCACCAAGAAUUCCCAGGUGUUGAUCACAUGAGAAUACUAAAGAGUGACGACAUUUUGAAUUAUAUAUCUAACGUCUUAUCUGUAUGACCUGCUUCACAUCAUAAUCCUGGCGAUGAAAUAUUCAACAAAAAUGUCAACGGUGAUAUUUAAUCCUGAGGUGGUGAACCUGAUUUGUUUAUUUUGUAUUGAUGACUUCCCAGCAAUUAAUUUUAUAGCAGACGAACAAGUAAUUUUUAUUUUUUCUAAACUUUCUAGAUAGAAUAAUUUCAGCCAAUCUGAAUCAUGAAUUGGUUACCUUCAUCAAACCAUACUUCUGAACGCACGAGACAAAUAAAAAAUCCUUAGUUAGUUAAAGUUGCCCCGGUAUGAAAGGUCUUGGAUUUUGCCAACAGUUACUUAGCAUGAGUUGAAACAAUUUUUACUUUAUGACGCAAUAUAAUUAUAAGCAUUAUGCCAAGUACACUUUGGUCCAGAUUUUUUUUAAACGUAAAUAAUGAAACUUCCGUAGGUAAAAUAAUUGGUUUCAACUAUACACACGACAGAUGGAUGGUAGAGUUUAUGGCAAACUUUGAGAAAUGACUGAUGUUGAUUUGACAUGUACAUAAAAACAAAUACUAAUAGACGAAUAUACAUUUGUAGAAUAAACCUUUGUAAUUUACGAGUUCUGGAUAAUUGUAAGUGUUUAAAUGGGAUUUUACUCAGGGGUCGAUCAAAUGCUCUCUUUAUCUGCUGGAUUAGUGGAAAAUAUUUGAUACAAAAGGUAUGUAAUAUCCAAUCUUGUCAUCCAUGGAUAAAUGUAUGUACAUACGUACGUAACCAUAGCUAAUAUUUUGUGAUAUUGUAGAAGAAUAAAGAGCAAGAAUUGAAAAGGAAA